AUGGGUCAAUACCUGCCGCAGUACAGGAGCGAGGCGGUGCCUGCUUCCCUCGAGGUGGCUGGACAUAGGUUGGGAGCGCUAGAGCGCUUAGCGGGUGCCUAUCCCGGUCCAGGAUCGCCCCGGCCCUUCCCCCACCCGUUCGGUUCCCCACCACCACCCGCGCUCACUCCGCCCCCUGCCCGCCCCCCGCCCGCGCUGGGAGCUGCAGCGGCCGCCACUCCUGCUCUCUCUGCGCCGCCGCCGUCGUCACCGCCACCGCCACCGCCACCGGCUGAGUCUGCAGUCCUCGAGGUUGAGGUACCAGCUCUCUGCACCCGCUUCUCUAACUGCACGGUUCCACCCUCGCCUGGCCCUCUCCCCUCGCCGGUCUUCGCCUAG